AUGAUCAACUUUUUUCCAAUGUUCAUUUUAAUUUUAAGCACUUUAUUACUUUUGUUAUACAAUACAAUUACUGUCCAUUCAACAAUAUUGAAAGAAACGUCAUUCAUGUCGUCAAAUAGACAAAACACAAAGAUCAAUCUGAAUAGAAGUAUGCUGAAUGAAUUAAAUAUUAGUGGGUUUUGGUUUAAUAAACGUGUAGAAUAUAAAAAUUGUGCAAAAUCAAUCUAUGAUAUUGGUAGAACAUCAUUAUAUUUUGAUAAGAAUUUGAAAAAUUGUGAAAAAUACUCAAAUCAUAUAUCAGUGAAUAAAAUUGAUUCAAUUAAACCUGAUUAUGAAUUAUUAGUUAAGAAAAUUGUUUGUAUCUUACACAGAAUUAAUUGUCCAAUCGAUGAAAAAUCAUUUCAAAUUCAUGAUAUCCCUUGUCAGUCAAAUAUUCCAUCUGGUUGUCCUGUGAGUUUAGAAAGUAUGGGUUCAAGAUCACAAAAGCGAUGGCUUUGGGAAAGUGAUAAGUAUGGAAUGUCAGUAUCUUCACCUAAUUCAGCUCAAAAUUAUGGCACUUAUAAUGAAGUAUCAAGUCCGAAAAGAUUUGUCAGAUAUCCUGGUUACACGGAUCUCAUGUCUCGUGAGUUAUCUUCCUCAGAAAACCAAUAUGGAUAUCAUAAACGAUUUAAUAUUCAAUCAAGAUAUUUUUCAAACUCGAAUGUAAUACCCAGUACCUAUCCAUGGAUUUAUCGUCGUUAUCGUAGACAGGCAACAAUUGGCCCUAGUCCUUCUGGUAGCAUGGAAAGAUAUCAAGUUAGUGGUCCAUUGAUGCCAACUGGCUAUAUGGACAGAUAUACUUCGGGAAAAACACAAUUACACUUCUCACCAACUCAUCAGCAUCGAAAUAAACUAUUCCUUACAGAAGAGGACUGUUUACUGUUACCUCCAGGUGGUUGUGAUAAGUGGAUGGACCAUCCAACCAAUUUACAGCGUCUAGAACCGCCUAAUUUAAGGGAAUAUCUAAAAUUAAAUUCUGGAUGCCCAAUUGAUUUAACUGAAACAUGCAAUUCAAUGUUUCCAACAUCAUUUUCGCGUAGUGAAUGGAUUAGACUGAAUUUCACUGUGUCUGCUGUCAUACGCAUCUCAGGCACACUGUGGUGGUUUGGUAAAAAUGAUCGGUUUCAGCCACUGUUUCGCUUUCAUGUAUUGAAAACAUUCGAUUCAGAUAUACAUCCAUAUGAUGAAAAAAUGAUAUUAACCUACUCAUGGCCAUUGCAGUGUAUUUGUAUAGAUGAAAUUAUAGUUGGUAAAAAGUAUUUAAUGUUGACACAUUCAUUUAAAUCAAGACAAACAUUGCAUAUUAGUAAAAAUACCGUGUUUCUAUCCGUGUUAGACGCUACACAAGAAAACUGGCCUGUUGGAAAGGAGCUUGCGCUCAUCGAUCUGGUCGAAAUCGCAGUCGACGUUAUCAGACACAGUCGGACAUGA